AUGGCCGCUGUCACGGAGAGAUUCAUGCAUCUCUCGCGCCCCCUGGGUCCUCAACAGGCCGGGCUUCAGUCGAGCAUUGCCCCGCUUGGUGUCAGCAUCCAGCCUCAGGCCAUCCUCUCGAUCCUCGACCACGCUACCCGACGAGACGUCCGUGAUGCGUCCCAGCCCAGCCGCGUCAUCGGCGCCCUCGUGGGCACCCGAUCCGAGGACGGCACCGAAGUCGAAGUCCGGUCUUGCUUUGGCAUCCCGCACACCGAGGAGGAGGACCAGGUUGAGGUGGACGUCGAAUACCAGAAGAACAUGCUCGCCCUAACCCUCAAGGCCAACCCGCGUGAGGCCCUGCUCGGCUGGUACACCACCUCGCUUGAGCUCAACAGUUUCAGCGCCCUCAUCCAGAACUUCUUCGGCAGCCCAGACACCGGCACUUUCCCCCACCCCGCGAUUCACCUGACUGUCUCGACCGACCCCAGCACCGCCAUCGAGACCCGAUGCUACAUCUCCGCCCCCGUGGCCGUCAACUCGGAGCGCGCGGCCGAGAGCUGCCUGUUCAUGCAGGUCCCCCACAAAAUGCUCUACGGCGACGCGGAGCGCUCUGCCCUGGGCGCCAUCUCGGCCGCCAAGGACAAUGAGAACCGGAACGCCCCUCUCGUUUCGGACAUUGAGGCCCUCGGCGCAUCCAUCGAGCAAACCAUCGGCCUCCUCGACCGUGUCAGCGAAUGGGUCAACGGCGUGCUGGACGAGGACGAGGAGCCCAACGCUGCGCUGGCUCAGUUCCUCAUGAGCACCCUGUCCCUGGCGCCCAAGGUGGACCCUGAGCAGAUUGAGCACGACUUCAACAACCACAUCCAGGACGUCCUCAUGGUCGGCUACCUGGCCAACACCAUCCGCACGCAGAUCGAUCUCGCGCAGAGGUUAGCCACGGCGAAUAUCCAGAUUGGCGAGAAGGAGGGCGACAACAAGAACGAGGGUGACAAGGACGGUCAGCGCGGCGGUGGCAAGCGUGGCGGCCGAGGAGGCCGCGGUGGAGGCAGGGGAGGUGGUCAACAGCGUGAGCCCCGGGAGCCACGUGAGCCUGCGGAAUAG